GGGGUCCGGCCGCUGAGGCGCUGAGGAGCUGUGGCGCAGCGCUGAGGAGGGCGCGUGGCCUUCGCGUUUGCUCGUCUCCUCUCCUUUCGGCCUCCCUGAGGUCGGCCCUGCUCUGCUGGCCUCCGGCAGAAUGUGGCUGACGCCCAAAAGGAGCAGGAUGGACGCCGACGAGUCUCGUGUUUUCCGGCCCGAGUGGACCCAGCGUUACUUGGUGGUGGAGGCUCCGGAGGGCAACGGGUGCCUGUGCCUGGUGUGUCGCAGCCUCCUCGGAGCCACCGCCGAGCGCGACAUCCGGCGCCACUACGAGGCCGAGCACCGAUGCUACGAUCGGUACGCGGCUGGGGACGAGCGCGCGGCCCUGGUGGAGCGGCUGCGUCAGGGCGACUGGCCCGAGGACGCUCCGCCGACUGCGGAGGAGAGGGCUGCCCGUGCCGGCUUCGGGCUCGCCCGCCUCCUGGCCUUGACGGGCCGCGGCUCGGGUGAGGGGGACUUCGUGCACCAGUGCUUGGAGGUGAUGCUGAGGGAGGUGCUGCCCGAGCACCUGAGCGUCCUGGAGGGCAUCGAUGUCUCCCCGGAGGCCGCGGCGCACAGGGUGCGGAGCAUCGACAGGAACCUCCGCGCCCAGCUGCUGGAGCGAGCCAGGGCCUUCCGGGCCUACUCCCUUGCCCUGGACGACCAAGCCUUUGUGGCCUACGAGAACUACCUCCUGGUCUUCAUCCGCGGCGUGGACGACGCCUUGGAGGUGCAGGAGGAGCUCCUGACCAUCGUCAACCUGACGCAGCACUUCAGCGUGGGCGCGCUGAUGGCGGCGAUCCAGGCGGCCGUGCGCGGCGCGGGGCUGAGCCUGCAGCGGAUGGUCGGGCUGAGCACGACCCACACCCUGAGGAUGAUCGGCGAGAACUCGGGCUUGGUCUCCUAUAUGAGGGAAAAGGCCGUCAGCCCCAACUGCUGGAACGUUAUUCACUACUCGGGAUUUUUCCACUUGGAACUGUUGAGCUCCUACGAUGUAGAUGUUAAUCAGAUCGUGAAUACCAUAUCCGAAUGGGUGGUCUUGAUUAAGACCCGAGGCCUUCGGCGCCCCGAGUUUCAGGCUUUACUAAGGGACUCUGAGUCACAGCAUGGGGAAAGGGUCAACGGACGAUGUCUGAACAAUUGGCUUAGGAAAGGGAAAACUUUAAAACUCAUAUUUUCCUUAAGAAAAGAGAUAGAGGCGUUCUUGGUUUCGGUAGGGGCUAUCACAGUCCAUUUCACAGACAAGCAGUGGCUCUGUGACUUUGGCUUUUUGGUGGAUAUUAUGGACCACCUUGGGGAACUGAGUGAAGAGCUGCGAGUUAGUAAAGUCUUUGCUGCUGCUGCCUUUGAUCAUAUUUGUACCUUUGAAGUUAAGCUGAGUUUACUUCACAGACACAUGGAGGAGAAGAAUCUAACACACUUUGCUGCCUUCAGAGAAAUUGUUGAUGAGCUUAAACAACGCCUUAAAGAUGAUCAAAAAAUAUUUGAUCCUGACAGGUAUCAAGUGGUGAUCUGUCGCUUACAAAAGGAAUUUGAGAGACAUUUCAAGGACCUUAGAUUCAUUAGAAAGGACUUAGAACUUUUCUCAAAUCCAUUUAACUUUAAACCUGAAUACGCACCUAUUUCGGUAAGGACGGAGCUAAGGAAACUUCAGUCAAAUACUAACCUUUGGAAUGAAUACAGAGUCAAAGACUUGGGCCAGUUCUACGCUGGAUUGUCUGCUGACUCUUACCCAGUUAUCAAAGGGGUUGCCUGUAAGGUGGCAUCCUUGUUUGACAGUAGCGAAAUCUCUGAAAAGGCUUUUUCAUAUUUGACUCGAAAUCAACAUACUUUGAGCCAGCCUUUGACAGAUGAGCAUCUCCAAGCCCUCUUUCGGAUUGCCACAACUGAAAUGGAGCCCGGUUGGGAUGAUCUUGUGAGAGAAAGAAAUGAACCUAAUCUGUGAACUUUGGUAGUACAACAUUGAAAAACAAAGGAAAAAUUGGUUUGAUUUUUCAGGUUUACUAAUUUGGAUUGUGGGAAAGCACCAGGUUUAUUACAAGACACCCAAAUUGACCAGGUUUCGUUCUUCUGACAGUUGUCUUUUUUUUUCAGUCUCAAAAGCAGCAUGGAACUGAAACACGAGGCUAUUACCUUUUUAAAAUUUAAUGACAGAGCCGUUGUCUUUUGCUUUUAUGGUAUAAUUGGUUUUAAAGAAGUUUAGUUGUGAUAAUGGGAGUUGAGUUAAAAGUCUGUUUGUAAGGUGUCCUGAAGAUACAUGCCAAAAAUUUUAGCUUUUAUUUUAAUGAAGCGUUACAACCAGUCUGAGAUUAUCAGCUGCUCAAAUCUAUACUUGAACCAAUUUGCAGCAACUCGUAUAGCAAGUUCAGAAGGUUCCAGAAAGGAAGAAUUCAUACAGUGGAGGUAUUUUAUCAAAAUGUGUAAGUCUGUUUUUUAAAAAAACAUUUCUGAGUCUGAAGAAAAUAUUGAUAGAUUUUUUUUUUUUUCCCUCUUACCUCCCUGCAGCCCCAGUGUUAUUGUUACUACUGAGGAAGUAAUUCAGUAAAAUCUUAGUCAGGAACAAGAAUUAUUUUCAAGUUCCUGGUUUAGGAGGCUUCCUGCAACUUGGGAGUUCAGACUAACCAUUUACAGGGGAAGUCCCUUGGACUUAGCAUAAUCAGAACUACUUUAUUAGUUUGCCUAUUAAAGGACUUUGGUAAGUAUAGAACCUGUUAACGGAUUGACAAUUCAUAAUUCUUUUUUUCUACUCUAGACAGAAGGUUAGCUCUAUCAGAAAGGAUGAGGAAAAAAGACUUUUGCAGUCCAUGAUCAGGAGAUGUGAGAUGUUUUAGCUCGUUUCCUAUUUGCAUUUGUUAACAGUUUUAUAAAGAAAUCCUGCUUAAAGGGAAGCCUUUAUUUCAGAGUGAUGUAAUAUAUUUGUUAGGCGCUGGGAGUGUUCUGAAUGUGAAACUGUCCCACACAUUCUGUAUUUAAGACAGUCGUAAGUAGAAAUAUUUAACUCCCAAGAAGCAGCCUUAUUCACAGAUCACAGCAGUUCCGUAUUUCCAGGAAGACAUCUGCUUUGUGCCAUAACAGUAAUUUUCAAGCUUACGUUAACCAUGAAAGGAAGUUUUACAGUAAAGCCCAAUAUGUAAAACUGAGUUAAGAACGGGACCCAACUUGCAUUCACGGAUCCACUCAAGUAGGAUUUGAAAACUGUUGUGUUAAAGUCCUGUCUUGACUGUUACAACACUGUAUUCUAUGAUUACUGAUCGAACAAAUUCAAGGACCCAUGAUACAACUAAGAAUCUAGAAGGAACUAGUUCCCUGAGCAGUCAAAAUAGUUGCCACGAGAGCCCAGGAACCAAAGUUGUGUCAGUGAUUCUCAACCAGAGGCAAUAACCCCUCCCUCCAGAGGAUGUUGGGGAAUGCAUAGAGACUUUUUUUGGUUGUCAUAAUUACUGGGGGGUUCCGCUGGCAUUUAAGCUUGAAGAAGCCCCCGCCCUGCAAGUGUGUGCACAGAACAGCUGAUGCAGUUAAGAAUUAUCCCUCCCUAAAUGCCCAAAUGGAGAUUAUCUUAUUUUCAGGGACAGGGCAAGUUACUGGUAGAAAUAAAAUUAGAAGAGCAGGUAUCAGAGUACUUGAUAAAAAACCAAACCCAUUGCCAUCGAGUUGACUCUGACUCAUAGUGACUCUAUAGGACAGAGUAGAACUGCCCCAUUGGGUUUCCAGGGAGCAGCUGGUGGAUUCAAACUGCCAGCCUUUUGGUUAGCAUUGGGACUCUUAACCACUGCACCACCAAGGCUCCCAGAACACUUGAUAGGAGAGACCAAUUCAGACUUUCUGAGUUAAAAAAAAAAAAAGGAUGCAAUAAAGGCCUUAAUAGGCUCCAGGAGCUCGUAAUAGCAUUUAUAAGUCAGUAAUUGAUAAUUGAAUCAUGUUAAAAAGCCUUAUCGUAGUAAACAGAAUUAGAGCAGGAAAACAAGUGUUAAAUAUUAACAAGAAUGGUAAAGUUGAGAUUUUGCCUAACGAAGUAGGCUUAAAUAUCUGGAAAAACAACAUCGUAAAAAGCAAUCAAAAACAGAGAGUUUACUGGUAAUUUCCCAAUAGCUUUGAGGAUUCUCUUUCAAGGCAAAUGUUUUAUUACUUGGAAGAAUGAUUAAAACACCUGAAAGCUGCCUGUUUUCUAACCCCAGUUCUUCAAAUAUUGAAGUCUUGUACAUUUUGUGAAGUUCUACUAUGUUUUGCUUAAGGUAAUAGUAAAGUUAGUUGGUAUUACAUAGGCAUUGAUGAAGGGUAGGAGAUAAUCCAAGGAUUUUAAAUUGACCCUCAAUAAUAGAGAAUUUGCUAUAAACUAGUCUUGUUUGUUAAAAAAUGUGUACAGUUUACUGUUUUCUGUAUGAAGUAAUUCUGUAACUGCAUGGCAGCUUUUUUUUUUUUUUAUAAA